AGAAGUUGAACGAUGCUGGCUGUGAUCCGGCUGAUCUUCAUCAUCAUCAUCAUCAGUGCAGAGAAGAUCUUCCACAGCAGAGAUCACAGUGAUGUCGACAUCAACAUCCAUCAGGCAGAACUCAUCACUGAUACUGACAACGCAGAGCGCUUUCUGUCCAAGUAUGGAUUCAUGAGAGCAGGAGACAGUGAGACAGACGUCGACCUCUCUCGGGACCUUCAGGAGGGAAGAACCGUGUCCCGAUCCAGCAGCACUGAACAGAACCAGCAGCAGGAGUUCAUCACGGCUCUCCAAGACUUCCAGAGAGUGACCGGUUUACCUGUCACAGGUGUGUUUGACGACGCCACCAAAGCCGCCAUGAAUAAACCCAGAUGUGGCUUUUCGGACCAGGAUGAAGAAAUGGAAGAGCUGAACGACACCGCCGAGUCCAACAGCACCAACGAUACCACAACAUCCAAUAAUCCUCCAGCUCCUGUGCGCAGUCUCGCAGCAGUUUUAAAGACCAGGAGGAAGAGGAACGUGAGCGAGGGGACGGGUCACAUGGCGUUCUCCAAAGCUCUUCUGAAGUGGCGACUGAUCGGUGAAGGUUACAGCAGUCAGCUGUCCAUCGAUGAGCAGAAGUACAUCUUCAAACUGGCCUUCCGCAUGUGGAGUGAAGUCUCACCGCUGGAGUUUGUGGAGGAUCUGCACUCGCCUCUAGAGGAGAUUGACAUCAGACUGGGCUUUGGAACAGGGAGACACCUGGGCUGCUCGCAGCGGUUUGACGGCGCGGGUCGUGAGUUUGCUCACGCGUGGUUCCUGGGAGACAUUCACUUCGACGAUGAUGAACAUUUCACCGUCCCAAACACAGGCAGCGGGAUCAGUCUGCUCAAGGUAGCGGUUCAUGAGAUCGGUCAUGUUUUAGGACUCCCUCACAUCUACCGGUCCGGCUCUAUCAUGCAGCCCAGUUACCUGCCACAGGAAGCUGGAUUUGAGAUCGACUGGCUGGACAGGAAAUCCAUUCAGAACCUUUAUGGUGUGUGCGGUCGCUUCAGUACUGUGUUUGAUUGGGUCAGAAAGGAGCAGACGGCGUACGGUGAGGUUGUGGUGCGUUUUAACACAUACUUCAUGCGGGACGGCUGGUACUGGCUUUAUGAGAACCGCAAUAACAGAACGCUGAUGGGCGAUCCGGUCGCGGUGCAGGUGGGGUGGCACGGGCUGCCCGCUGGUGGAGUGGAUGCUUACGUUCAUGUGUGGAACCGCAAAACAGACGCCAUGUACUUCUUUAAAGGUGUGCAGUACUGGCGUUAUGACAGCGAGAACGAUCAGGUGUUCACGCGGGACUCAGACGGACGCUCGUACCCGCGUCUGAUCUCUGAUGACUUCCCGGGCGUGUCUGGACCGCUGGACACUGCGUACUACGACAGGAGAGAUGCUCAUAUCUACUUCUUUAAAGGCACACAGGUGUUUAGAUUCGAUGUACGAAUGAACCGUUUGGCUUCAUCAUCACCACAAACAAUCUCAGAGGCGUUUCCUGCCGUUGCCCCUGGUAACCACCCCGUCGGUCACCUGGACGUGGCGUACUUCUCCUACACACACAACGCGGUGUUCUUGUUGAAGGGGGCGUGGUUCUGGCGUGUAUUGAGCGGAAGAGACCGUCGGUGGAAUCCGUCACUGCCGCUGAACGGACUGAUGCCGCACAGAGACGUGCAGAUGCAGUGGUUCGACAUCUGUGACGUGCACAGCAGCGCUCUGAGGACCGGCCGCAGGUGACGCGCCUCACGGGAGGGUCAGAUCAGUGACAUCACUCAGUGUGUGACAUCAGGAGCUUUGGUGAUUGUUGUUGUCAUGGGGAAAUUGCAAUGAAAUGUGUGUGAGGUGCCUGAUCCAGAUGUGUCUUUGAUGUUUUGUGCUUUUAUAUUUAUAUGACAAAAUGACAAAAACAUUUAUUUAUAUUGUUUGCUACAAUCUCAGAAUUUUGACUUUUAAUGUCAUAAAUAUUAUAAACUAUCUCACAAUAUUUACUUUAUAUUGUGACUUUUU